AUGCCUGGGGCUGGGGCGGCAUCGCCGGCUUUUGGCUCCGCCUGGCCCGAGCCCGGUCCCGGCCCCGACGCAGGGUCCAGUCCCGGCCCCGGCCCCGGCCGCGGCCCCGGUCCCGGCUCCUCCCGGGGCCCACGGAGGACACAGGCGGCGCAGCCGCUCCCGCCGCCUCCGCUGAGGCUUGCCCGGCCCGAGCUCCGCCGCUCGGCAGCGCAGCCGCCGGGGCGGGUGGGGAUGCCCGGGCCGGGGCGGCUGGGUUCCCUGCUGGGGCGCGGCGGAUUCGGCAGCGUCUGCUCGGCGACGCGGCUCUCGGACGGCGCCCCGGUGGCCAUCAAACGCGUGCCGCGGGAUCGCAUCCGGCACUGGAGCGAGCUGCCUGACGGCACCAGCGCGCCCCUGGAGAUCGUGCUGCUGGCCAAGGUGUCCUGUGGGUGUGCUGGUGUCAUUCAGCUGCUGGAGUGGCUUGAGCUCCCCGACAGCUUCUUGCUGGUGAUGGAGCGUCCAGAGCGGUGCCAGGAGCUCUCGGGUUUCCUGGUGGAGCGGAGGUUCCUGCCGGAGGAGGAGGCGCGGGGGCUGUUCCGCCAGGUGCUGGAGGCCGUGCGGCACUGCACCAGCUGCGGGGUCCUGCACAGGGACAUCAAGCCCGAGAACAUCCUGCUCGACCUGGCCAGUGGGCAGCUGAAACUGAUUGACUUUGGCUGUGGCGCCUUCCUCCAAGACACAGCCUACACCCAGUUUGCAGGAACCCUGGCCUACAGCCCUCCAGAGUGGACCCAGCACCAAAGCUACCAUGGCGAGGCAGCGACGAUCUGGUCCCUGGGCCUCCUGCUGUACCAGCUGGUCGUGGGGAAUCACCCGUUCAGGAGGGGCCAGGAGAUCAUCUGGGGGCGCAUCUUGUUCCCAGCACGGCUCUCUCAAGAGUGCCAAGAUGUCAUUAAGCGGUGUUUGUCCAUGCAGCCCUCGGACAGGCCAUCAUUAGAAGAGCUUUUCUGCCAUCCUUGGGUGCAGGGUGCUCCUCGGCCCUAGAAGAUGGGAGAGAUCCAUGUGCACAGUUGGAUCCAGGGGCCUGGCAGGGAAGGAGAAGGAGCUCCUGGAGAAGCUGUACCAGGUGGGGCUGCUGCUGGAGACAGCAAGGACAACCUCAAGGACGACAGUCUCUUCUUUGGCCUGGCCAGCUGAAGAAGAUGGACUUGGAUUCUGGCACCUUCUCUAAAGACACACUCCACACCCAAUUUGCAGAGGUGCCACAAGUGGGCCAAAGCUGGCGAGUGGGCCGUGUCCCUGAGGCAGUGCAGUCUGGAGCUGAUGGAUGGAGAAUUGCCUUUCUGCACUCCCAAACCAGAGGAAAAAUCUAAAACAUGCUGUAAAAAAAGAGUGUCCUUUGCUCCUGGUUCCCAUGUGGAGCAGCUCCCUUCCUGCUGGCUGAGCUGCUCAGGCAGAGCCCGGCAGCUCCUGGCCAUGCAGGGCUGAGGCUUUUCCCCACUGCUGGGCACAGACUGAUGGAGCAGCACUGCUGAACACGGGCACACCCAGAGGGACCAAGAGCAGCUGCCUUUGCCCACCUGAGGCUCCAAGGCCCAAACUCUGAGCAGCCAGGGCUGGAAGAGACUCGCAGGCUCCCUGGUGGCUGUGCUGCCCCACUUGUGCCCGGCCCAGCUCUGCAUGAGGCAGAGGGAGAACAAGGGGCAGCUCCCUC